CAAGUCCCAUAUCCGGGACGCUUCUCACCGGACGUUACGCAAUCAGAGGUAUUCACUUGCGUGGUGUCUGUUUUGUAAGUUGGUUUCUUCAUCUUUUGCCUCAGACCAAACUAGAGGGUUUUAGAAGGAACAGAGAAACCCAUUUUCUAUCAUCCCAAACUGUUCCAAUCCCUUCCCAUUGUUUAACUCUACGAAGGCAGUCAAAAUAGCAUCAGCAGGCGUUUCUUCGAGUAGUCAUCGUGCGGAGAGAGCCGCUGCAACAGCAGCUGCCUUGGUUGGGACGUCGGCGGCGCUGUCACAACUACCAGCGACAUCACAAGGAAGAGGCAGCGUCAAACAGCGAUGGAUUCCACCCAGUGCACUGAUCACUAGUAACGCAGAACGUGCAGAAUUGGUCUUCAGACGUGUGCGCGGGUAUGGCAUUAGCAUAGAGAAUGAGGUAGUGAUAACAAGAACCGUCUGAAGAAUUUUGAACAAACUGACACCAGAGAAGUUUGACAGACUCACCUCUGCACUACUAGGAGUUGGACUUGACAGCAAGCACUUGUUGAAGGGGGUUAUCAUAUUGAUUUUUGAGAAGGCAGUCGACGAACACAAGUUUGGGGCUCUAUAUGCUCAGCUGUGUGUUAGAAUCGAUGAAGAUGGUCCUAAUUUUGAAGAGCCUGGAAGUGCUACUUCUACUUUUCGUAAGCUGUUGCUUAGCAAGUGUCAGGAAGAGUUUGAAAACAGAUCAAAGGCCAUGGCAGCAUUUGCUAAGAAAGAUGGACUUACACCCGAAGAGGAAGAGGAUCAACGUCUUUCAAAGCGCAAGAUGCUGGGAAAUAUUCAGUUUAUUGGCGAACUGGGCAAGUGUGGCAUGCUUCAUGAAUCAGUGUUACACAAAUGCGUCCAGCAGUUGUUGGAAAAGAAACGCCGUGAAACAGUGGCUGAUAUGUCCGAAGAUGUGGAGUGUCUUUGUUCACUGAUAAAAACGUGUGGUCCAUGUUUAGACUCUCCAAAAGCUAAGGGCUUGAUGAAUCAGUACUUCGAGCGAAUGAAGGCAAUUAGUGCUAGCUCUGACUUGCCCAAACGAAUGUGCUUCAUGUUAGAAGAGAUUGUCCAGCUUAGAGCAAGGAAGUGGAAACCUCGGCCAGCAGCAAAGGAUCAAAAACCCGAGUUACUCCAGGAUGUCAGAUCAGUGAAAGAUAUGAAAGAUCAGACUCAACCUUAUUCUUUUUCAGUUCCUGGUUUAUCACAGCCAAAGGCAAACGUUCAGAGUGGUAGGAAGUCUACAUCCAGACAUCAACGCAAACAGCGACCUGGAGGCACUGGCAGCUGUGGAGAUAGUCCAUCCCAGCAGCGGGAAAUAUCACCAAAGACAUAUUCAUUUCAACUGCAGCAGAGCAAGACAUCCAUUGAUACAAGCCAACAUCAGCAUUCUGACACAAGACUUGGUAUUCGAUGGAAUGAACACUUACAUCCAAGCGUUCAAUGGUCAGCUGCUCAGAUGCCAUUCUCUACGUACCCUUAUGGGCACGGGGCUCCCGGUGUGAUGUCUCAGUCAAUGUCAAAUCAGCAACCUGGUGUGGUUAAUGCCAUGCUUCAGCGGCAGGCAGCUGUGGUUAUCCAAGAAAAAUCAAAGUCAAACAAGAACGUCAACAAGAAAGUAUCGAAGCAGGAGUUUACUAAGAUGCUGGACAUUGUCUGUGAUAAGUGUAGUAAUGGAAGUGACAACAAUGAACUCAUUCAGUUGGUCAAGUCUUCACACUCUCACAGUUAUAUGGAUAUUCUGGUGUCAAGACUACUUACUGCGUCUCUUGAUUGUGAAGCUACGAUGACUGCAGAGUUGUUGGUGUUGAACUUGCUUAAAGAAGGACUCCUUAGUGAGGAGAAAUUCAUUGAGGGAUGUGAGGGAACUGUUGAGGCUAUAUUGGCUACUAGCAGUAAAGACAAGAUCAAUGAUGGCCAGCUUCUUGUCACUGUUGCAGCAAAAUCAAUUGCAAAGGGUAAUGUUGGUCUAAAGUCUGUGGCAACAUUGUUUAAAGAUGGUCGUCUUCAUCCUCAGUUCUUAUCAGUUCUUAUGAAAUUGAAAGAAGUUCAUGGUGAGAAGUGGUUGCAGCAGCAGUUUGAUGAUGUCAAGCUCAAAAUGUAUCAAGUGUUUCCAGACAGUCUUCAUAGUGAUCAUGACAUGCUGCAGGAAUUGGAAGACAGGGGUCUCGCUUUUCUCUGUCCAAUGGUGACAGUAAAGUGUAAACUGCUUGAUGUGAUGACAACAGAAGGAUCAGAGACAGUAUUGACAUGGAUUUUGUGUCACGUCAAUGAAUUCAUUCAGAGAACACCUGCUUUUGUUGAAGUUUUGGGAGCUUGUGUUUGGAAAGUGGUUACGGGUGAGGCUGGCAAGUUAGUUGAUGAUGAUGAUGAGCAGAAGAAAGCUGUUGUGCGGACAGAGAAGUCUCAGAUAGAGAAAUGGAAGCCGUUAUUGGUGAAAUUCACGCAACAAGACACGAAACUGCAGGUUGCUUUGCUUCUCAGUCUUCAAGUUUUUUGUCACAACCUUGGCUUUCCAAGAGGGCUGUUGUUACGAACAUUCAUGAAUUUGUAUGAUUUGGACAUUGUUGAAGAAGAAGCAUAUCUGAAGUGGAAAGACGACGUCUGUGAUGAUUACCCAGGGAAAGGGAAAUCUCUUUUCCAGGUAAAUAGUUGGCUGCACUGGUUGGAGACAGCAGCUGAAGAGAGCAGUUCAGAUGGUGAUGAUGGUUGACACAUGUUUCGCUUUUUUUGUCUCAGAAUAUCAUUCUAUUUGAUUGUUGCUCACCAUAGUAGUGUGCAAGAAAUUUCUCUGGUAUGAAAGGUUUUGAUGCACUUUGAUUUGCAGUUCUGAGCUACAAUGUAUUCAUUACAGUGUCAUCAUUGAUGGUA